UCCAAAAUAAUCAAUCACGUAAGACGCAGAGUCGCAGGCAGAAGAAAACACAAACAAACCCUUUCUCUCAUUCUUUUAUUUCUCAAUUCAUUUUCUUUCUCUCUUCUUUUCCAGAGGAACACACGAACAUCAAACACGAAUCUUGAAAACCUGAAAAGAAAAAAAAGAAACUAAUUUAAGAAUUAGAUCUUUCUUCUAUGAUUAAUUGAUGCCACCAUUGUCAUCGAUGCAUUUUCAUGCAUAAUCUGAAAAAAAUUGGGGGAAGACGAGGAUGAAAUGGGUGACAUUGCUUAAGGACAUCAAAGACAGGGUUGGUCUCACUCAACAACCGCCACUUCAUUCUUCUUCCUCCGCUUCUUCCCCUACUUUUCGCGAUGCCAAUGCCUCUUCUUCUUCCUCUUCAUCUCCUGCUUCCAGGGAAAGGCAUGAACUGGAAUUGGAAUUCAAGAGAUCUUGGGAUGCAUUUCGGUCAUCCAGCUCUGAGAAGAAAAAGGAAGCCGCCUUGAAUUCUUGUGUAGAUAUCUUUUGUAGAUUAGUAAAGCAGCAUUCUAACUUAGCUCAUUUACUUACCAGGUUAGUUGAAGCCCAUAUAUUCUCUUUUGUUGUUGGAAGAGCAUUUGUAACAGAUAUAGAAAAGCUAAAAGUCAGCAGUAGAAAAAGAUCUCUAGAUGUUACUCAAGUUUUAAAGUAUUUCUCUGAAGCCACAAAGAAGGACAUUAGCACUGGAGCAAAUUUAUUGUCUGCAUUGGAAAUCCUAGUAUCUGGGCCUCUUGACAAGCAAUCUUUGCUCGACUCUGGGAUAUUCUGCUCUCUUGUUCAUAUUCUCAGCACUUUUUUAGACCCUGAUAUACCCUUUCAACAAUCAAAUGCUGAAGGGCCAUCAGAAUUGCAAAAAUGUGAUAGUGGCGAGGUUGGGCAAGUUCGCCAGCUUGAGGUAGAGGGAAGUGUUGUGCACAUCAUGAAGGCACUAGCAAGCCAUCCAUCAGCAGCACAGAAUUUGAUAGAGGAUGACUCACUUCUGUUACUUUUUCAAAUGGUGUCCAAUGGGUCUUUGAUAGUUUUCUCUCGCUACAAGGAAGGACUUCUUCCAUUGCAUUGUAUUCAACUUCAUAGACAUGCUAUGCAGAUACUUGGUCUUCUUCUGGAUAAUGACAAUGGAAGCACAGCCAAGUACAUCCGAGAGCAUCAUCUGAUAGAAAUUCUUUUAUUGGCUGUGAAAGAAUUUGAUCCUCGUAGUGGUGAUUCUGCAUAUACCAUGGGCAUUGUUGAUUUGUUACUUGCAUGUGUGGCAUUGUCGUAUAGACCUGAGGCUGGUGGUGUCAGACUGCAGGAGGAUGUUUAUGAUGCCCAUGGAUAUCAAUUCCUUGUUCAAUUUGCACUAACUGUUUCGAACAUGACAAAUAGUCAACACCUUUAUUCUUCUAAUUCUAAUAUGUCUAAUGAUGAAGAUAUUCCUUCAGAUGGGUUCCAAGGUAGCACAGGAGAAAGUUUCUGUGAACAAGAAAAUUCCUCCCUUCAGUCAGUUCAAUGCCUUUCACCCACAUUAUCUAGGUUGCUAGAUGUUCUUGUUACGCUAGCUCAAACAGGGCCAAAUGAGUCUCCACAUUCUUAUGGAGGCAAGGGCUUUAAAUCUUUUCAAACCAAGGGUAGUAGUCGUAGCAGAAGCAAUGCAUUAUCUUAUGAUUGGCCUGGAGAUGAACUAUGGGAGAAGGAUGAUGGUAAAAUUAAGGAUCUUGAAGCAGUCCAGACACUACAAGAGAUUUUGCUCAAAGCUAAUAGCCAGGAACUGCAGGCCGAAGUAUUACAUAGAUUGUUUAAGAUUUUUUCAGGCCAUAUAGAAAACUAUAAAUUGUGUCAGCAAUUGCGAACUGUUCCCCUUUUAAUCCUUAAUAUGGCUGAUUUUCCUUCUUCUUUGCAAGAGAUAAUCUUGAAAAUUCUUGAGUAUGCUGUGAGUGUUGUAAAUUGUGUUCCUGAGCAAGAGUUGCUUUCACUUUGCUGUUUAUUUCAGCAACCAAUAACAUCAGAAUUGAAGCAGACAAUACUUUCUUUCUUUGUAAAACUCUUGUCCUUUGAUCAACAGUAUAAGAAAGUUCUGCGUGAAGUUGGUGUAUUGGAAGUUCUAUUAGAUGAUUUGAAGCAACAUAAGACUUUUGGUCCCCAUCAACAGCGUACUAAAACCAAUCUGUUCGAAAAGGAAAAUAGCUCUAGUAGCCUCCAAAAUUCUCUGGACAGUCAGGAUGUUAUCACUUCACCCAAGUUUAAGGAGUCUGGUGCUGCAAAGUUCCCUAUUUUUGAAGCUGAGGCUACAGUGGCUGUUGCCUGGGACUGCAUGGUAUCUUUAUUGAAGAAAUCUGAGGCUAAUCAAGCUUCAUUUCGCUCAGCUAAUGGUGUGACUGUUAUACUUCCUUUCCUAGUGUCUGAUCUACAUCGUCCAGGAGUCCUCAGGAUAUUGUCUUGUCUCAUAAUUGAAGAUAUUUCACAGGCUCAUCCUGAAGAAUUAGGUGAGUUGGUUGAAAUUCUAAAAAGUGGAAUGGUGACCAGUGCUUCAGGGUCCCAAUACCGACUUUCCCUUGAUGCAAAAUGUGACACUAUGGGAGCUUUGUGGCGAAUGCUUGGAGUUAAUCACUCUGCUCAAAAGGUUUUUGGAGAAGCUUCUGGAUUUUCUCUUUUGCUUACCACACUUCAUGCCAUCCAAUGUGAGGGUGUGGAAUUGGACCAUUCAAAAUUGAAUGUUUACAUUAAGGCACUUGCAUAUCUGUUGCGUCUUGUAGCUGCUGGUGUAUCUGACAAUGCUGUAAAUAGGAUGAAGUUGCAUGCUGUUUUAUCUUCACAGACUUUCUUAGAUCUUCUUUCUGAGUCUGGCUUAAUUUGUGUGGAGCAUGAGAAACAAGUCAUUCAGUUAAUGUUGGAACUUGCACUUGAAAUACUGAUUCCACCAUUCUGGACAUCUGAGGGUUUCACAAAAUCAAAUGAUAUUGACAAUGGGUUGUCUCAUAAUCUACUAAUGACUCCAUCGGGUCCUAUUAAUCCUGAUAAAGAGCGAGUUUACAAUGCCGGUGGUAUUAGAGUUUUGAUUCGAUCAUUGUUACUCUUUACUCCCACAAUUCAGUUAAAAAUGUUAGAGUUAAUUGAAAAGCUUGCUCGUGCCAGUCUCUUCAAUCAGGAAAACCUUACCUCUAUAGGUUGUUUGGAAAUUUUGCUGGAGACCAUUUACCCUUAUCUUACACAUUCGUCUCCAUUUCUUUCUUAUGCAUUAAAGAUAGUGGAAGUACUUGGUUCCUACAGGCUAUCUGCUUCUGAACUACGUAUGCUUGUGCGAUAUGUUCUGCAAAUGAGGCCAAAAAAUGCAGGUCCCAUAACUGAAACAAUGGAGAAAUUAAUUCUGAUGGAAGAUAUGGCCUCUGAGAAUGUUUCUCUAGCACCAUUUGUGGAGAUGAACAUGAACAAAGUUGGGCAUGCUGCCAUUAAGGUUUCCCUGGGUGAAAGAUUAUGGCCUCCUGCUGCUGGUUAUUCAUUUGUUUGUUGGCUCCAGUUUCGGAACCUAUUGAAAUCACAAUCAAAAGACACGGACCUUUCAAAACCAGUCCCUUCAAAGAAGCGAUCUGGCUCUAAUGGAUUGCACGAGCGGCAUAUGUUAAGGAUUUUUUCUGUUUGUGAUGCUAACAAUGAAAAUACAACCUAUGCUCAACUUUAUCUCCAGGAGGAUGGUGUUUUAACUCUUGCAACAAGUAAUUCUUGCUUCUUUUCAUUUUCUUGUAUAGAAUUUGAAGAAGGAAGGUGGCAUCACCUUGCAGUCAUCCAUAGCAAGCCAAAUGCUCUUGCUGGGCUCUUCCAAGCUAGUGUUGCAUGUGUAUAUCUGAACGGAAAGCUAAAACACACUGAGAAAUUAGGAUAUUCACCAUCUCCAGUGGGUAAACCAUUGCAAGUCACUAUUGGGACUUCAGUUGGUAAUGCUAGUGUUAGUAACUUGAUGUGGAAAUUACGCUCUUGCUAUCUUUUUGAGGAAGUGCUUACACCUGGAUGUAUUUGUUUUAUGUACAUACUUGGUAGAGGCUAUAGGGGUCUCUUUCAGGACACAAAUCUUCUGCAGUUUGUACCUAACCAGGCCUGUGGAGGUGGUAGUAUGGCCAUCUUGGAGUCUUUAGAUGCGGAUUUGACUUUGGCUACUAAUGGGCAGAGACAUGAUGCUACUAGCAAGCAGGGAGAUUUGCAGGCUGAUGGGAGUGGAAUUGUCUGGGAUCUGGAUAGACUUGGAAACCUUUCUCUGCAACUCUCAGGAAAGAAACUUAUUUUUGCAUUUGAUGGAACUUCUACAGAAUUUAUUCGAUCAUUGGGUAAUUUUUCAAUGCUCAAUCUGGUUGAUCCUGUGUCUGCAGCUGCUUCUCCUAUUGGAGGUAUUCCACGCUUUGGACGUCUCUAUGGAGACAUUUAUAUAUGCAAGCAAAAGGUUAUUGGGGAGACAAUUCGCCCUCUUGGUGGGAUGUCACUAGUUCUUGCACUUGUUGAAGCUGCAGAAACUAGAGAUAUGCUUCAUAUGGCCCUUACAUUGCUUGCCUGUGCACUUCAUCAAAACCCACAAAAUCUAAAGGACAUGCAAACAUAUAGGGGAUACCAUUUGCUUGCUCUUUUUCUACAUCGUAGGAUGUCAUUAUUUGACAUAAAAUGUCUAGAGAUAUUCUUUCAGGUUGCUGCUUGUGAAGCUUCAUUCUCUGAACCAAAGAAGUUGGAAAAUACUCAGUCGAAAGUGUCUCCUACUGCCUCUCUACAGGAAAACAAUCUUGAGGAACAUUAUUUAUCAAAGUUAGACGAUAAUUCUUCAGUUGGAUCUGAUGGAGACUUGGAUGAUUUUUCUGUACAGAAGGAUUCAUUUAGUCAUAUUUCAGAGCUGGAAAAUGUUGAUAUUGUUGUUGAAACUUCAAAUUGCCUUGUCUUGUCAAAUGUAGACAUGGUUGAACAUGUCUUGUUAGAUUGGACAUUAUGGGUAGCAGCCCCAGUUUCAAUCCAGAUUUCAAUACUGGGAUUUAUUGAACAUUUAGUGUGCAUGCACUGGUACAAAAAUCAUAAUCUUACCAUUUUGCGACAAAUGAACCUCGUUCAGCAUUUACUAGUGACUUUACAAAGGGGUGAUGUUGAAGUUCCUGUCCUGGAGAAGUUGGUUGAAUUGCUUGGGGUGAUUUUAGAAGAUGGUUUUCUAUCUUCUGAACUUGAAAAUGUGGUUAGAUUUGUCAUUAUGACAUUUGAUCCACCUGGUUUGGCUCCACGGCUUCCAAUUAUGAGAGAGUCAAUGGGGAAACAUGUAAUUGUCAGAAAUAUGUUGCUAGAAAUGCUAAUUGAUCUACAAGUGACUAUAAAAUCAGAAGAUUUGCUCGAGCAGUGGCAUAAGCUUGUUUCUUCUAAGUUAAUUACUUAUUUUCUUGAUGAAGCACUUCAUCCCACAAGUAUGAGAUGGGUUAUGACUCUACUUGGUGUCUGCCUUACUUCCUCUCCGACAUUUUCACUUAAAUUUCGUACCAGCGGAGGUUAUCAAGGAUUGGCUCGGGUGCUUCGAAGUUUCUAUGAUUCUCCAGACAUCUAUUAUAUUCUCUUCUGUUUGAUAUUUGGCAAGCCAGUUUAUCCUAGGUUACCAGAGGUCCGCAUGUUGGACUUUCAUGCUCUUAUCCCACAUGAUGGAGAUCACGCAGAACUAAAAUUCAUUGAAUUAUUGGACUGUGCAAUUGCUAUGGCAAAAUCUACUUUUGAUAGAAUAAGCAUGCAGUCAAUGCUUGCUCAUCAAACAGGGGAUCUUUGCCUUGUAGCUGAGCUUGUGGAAGGAAAUGCAGACACGGCUGGUGAGCUUCAGGGGGAAGCUCUGAUGCACAAGACAUACGCUGCUCGCCUUAUUGGUGGAGAGGCAUCAGCCCCUGCAGCUGCAACUUCAGUUCUUCGGUUUAUGGUUGAUCUUGCCAAGAUGUGUCGCCCCUUUACUGCUGUUUGUAGACGUGCCGAGUUUCUAGAAAGCAGCAUUGACUUAUAUUUUUCUUGUGCGAGGGCUGCACAUGCUGUUAAAAUGGCAAAAGAACUCUCUGCGGUGUCAGAAGAGAAAACAACGAACGAAGGUGAUGAUACUUGCAAUUCACAGAAUACAUUUUCUAGCUUACCUCUCGAGCAGGAUCAGUCUGUUAAUACCUCCACUAGAAUUGGUAGCAUUCCUCUUGUGCAGUUAAGUACUAGUUCCAAUGAAAUAGCUGCACCAAGAAAUUCUAUGAUUGGUGAGAUAUCAGGGAAUAAUGUUACUGCAUCUGAGCUGGAGUCAAAUAAAUCUAUUCAUGAAGAUGUUCAAAGUAUUCAGAGCUUUGAUGGUGAUAAUGCUGAUCAAGUAUCUACUGCCUUCAGUGCGAACAAGUUCAGUUUCCGCAGUGCCAAGUCCAAUUUAGAGGUUCUAUCUUCAACAGAUUGCCAGAGUUAUGCAUCCUUUUCCAUGCCUGAUUCUCCUGCUUUAUCAGAAAGGUCCAGCUCUAGAAUUCUUACACCUUCUUCAUCACGAGUUAUUGCAUUGACAUCCUGGCUGGGAAAUGCAAGCCAUAAUGAAACAAAAUCUGUUUUAUCACCCUCACUUUCUUUUGGAUCUUCCACGUCUGUUGGGUAUUUUGAUCCAUCUUCAGAGCCAAAGUCUAGUUCUUAUGGUCCAUCUGCCACCAAUGCUUCAUUUGCUAUUACCUCAAAGGUGCUUUUGGAUAUAAAUGAUGCUGGCUAUGGUGGUGGUCCAUGUAUUGCAGGAGCAACAGCUGUUUUAGAUUUUAUUGCUGAAGUUCUUUCUGAUUUUGUGACAGAGCAGGUGAAAGCAUCCCAAGUCAUAGAGAACAUCUUGGAAAGUGUUCCUUUGAAUGUUGAUGGUGAAUCUAUGUUAGUCUUCCAGGGCCUGUGCCUUAGCAGAUUUAUGAACUUCCUUGAAAGGCAAUUGCUGCGUGAUGACGAAGAAGAUGAAAACAAAUUGGAUAAGAUUCGCUGGUCCUCGAACUUGGAUGCUUUGUGCUGGAUGAUAGUAGAUCGUGUAUACAUGGGUGCUUUUCCUCAGCCUUCAGGGGUGCUAAAAACUCUCGAGUUCUUGCUGUCAAUGCUGCAAUUGGCAAACAAAGAUGGUAGAAUUGAAGCUUCUUCUGGGGGAAGGGGACUCUUAUCGAUUGCUAGAGGAACUAAGCAACUUGAGGCCUAUAUUCAUUCAAUUCUUAAGAACACUAAUCGAAUCAUAUCAUAUUGCUUCCUUCCAUCGUUCUUAAUCUGUAUAGGAGAGGAUGAACUCGUUUCACACUUGGGUAUACCAAAUGAAACAAAAAAGAGAAUGUCCGCUACUUCUCCUCGAGAUGACUUGGGAAUUGACAUCAGCACAUUCUUGCAAUUAUUGUUUGCUAAUAGAAGAAUUAUAUUCUGUCCAUGCAAUAUUGAUACAGAUUUUAACAGCUGUCUAUGUGUGAAUUUGAUAUCUCUUAUCGGUGAUAAAAGACCGAAUGUACAGGAUAUUGCCGUUGAUUUGAUCAAGUACCUUUUGGCACAUAGGAGGACUGCCUUAGGAGACUUGCUUGUUGUUAAGCCUAGUCUAGGACAGCGCCUUGAUGUACUUCAUGGAGGUUUUGAUAAAUUAUUGACCACAGGUUCAUCAGAAUUUUUUGAGUGGUAUCACAAUGCUAAACAGAUUGUAAAUAAAGUGUUGGAGCAGUGUGCUGCAAAAAUGUGGGUGCAGUAUAUUGCUGCGUCAGCAAAGUUUCCAGGAGUGAAAAUCAAAAGCAUGGAAGGUCGUCGUAAAAGGGAAGUAGGGAAAAAAUCUCGGGAAGCUUCAAAACUGGAUUUAAGACACUGGGAGCAAGUAAAGGAGCGAAGAUAUGCAUUGGAUGCAGUUCGUGAUGCAAUGUCUACUGAAUUGAGAAUUGUAAGGCAAGACAAGUAUGGAUGGGUCCUGCAUGCUGAAAGUGAGUGGCAGUACCAUCUCCAUCAACUUGUGCAUGAACGAGGGAUAUUCCAGCUCAGUAAAUCCUCAUUGGCAGAAGAACCACAGUGGCAGCUUUGUCCUAUUGAAGGUCCAUACCGAAUGCGAAAAAAACUUGAGCGCUACAAACGAAAAAUCGAUACCAUUCAAGAUGAUCUUGGUGGACAGUUUGAAAUCGAGGAAGCAGAACUGUCUAAAGUGCAAAUUGAAAAUGGCCUCGAGGCGUCUGAUUCAGAUUCUGAAACUAAUUUUCAAUUUCUGACUGAUGGGGUCAGACAAAAUGGUCUGGAUAACAAGCUGUUCAAUGAACCUUUCUUUAAUAAGUUGGAUCAUGCCGAUGACAUAGUUUCCGACAGGCAUGAGUGGAUGGAUGACAAAGCUAGCAGUAUGAAUGAAACUAGCCUCCAUUCUGCACUUGACAUUAGUGCCAAGGCUAGUGUAGUAUCAGUCCCAAUAGAAGAAAGAACACCAGCAAGAUCUGAUAUUGGAUCAGCAAUGCAAUCUUCUACCUUGAAAGCUGAUGUGGUUGAGAUACCAGAUGAUAUAUAUGAUAAAGAACAGCAUAAUGAUGGUGAUUACUUAAUUAGGCCUUUUCUGGGACCAUUUGAGAAAAUACGCUAUAAAUAUAACUGUGAACGGGUUAUAGGACUUGACAAACAUGAUGGUAUAUUCUUGAUAGGUGAAUUAUGUUUGUAUGUUAUUGAAAAUUUCUUUGUUGAUGACUCUGGGUGCUUCUGUGAGAAGAAAUGUGAAGAUGAACUUUCAGUCAUUGAUCAAGCUUUGGGUGUUAAGAAAGACAAUACUGGCAGUUCAGAUUUCCAAUUGAAAUCAAAUUUGUCACGGAGCACAACAGCUAAGUCAUGUGUUGGACGAAGGGCAUGGGCCUACCAUGGUGGUGCAUGGGGAAAGGAGAAAGUACACAGCAAUGUGAGUUUACCUCACCCUUGGCGCAUGUGGAAGCUUGAUAGUGUUCAUGAGAUGUUGAAGCGUGAUUACCAGCUUCGUCCUGUUGCUAUUGAAAUAUUCAGCAUGGAUGGAUGCAAUGAUCUCUUGGUUUUUCACAAGAAAGAGAGGGAAGAAGUAUUUAAAAACCUAAUUUCCAUGAAUUUGCCUCGGAAUAGCAUGUUGGACACGACUAUUUCAGGAUUGUCAAAACAAGAAAGCAAUGAAGGUAGCCGUCUUUUCAAGGCCAAGUCCUUUUCAAAAAGGUGGCAAAGUGGAGAAAUAAGCAAUUUUCAGUAUCUCAUGCAUCUCAACACCCUGGCAGGACGUGGAUAUAGUGAUCUCACACAGUAUCCAGUUUUUCCAUGGAUCCUUGCUGAUUAUGAGAGUGAAAAUCUAGACUUGUCCAACCCAAAAUCAUUUCGCAGGCUUGAUAAACCAAUGGGUUGCCAGACACCUGAAGGUGAAGAUGAGUUUAGAAAAAGAUACGAGAGCUGGGAUGAUCCAGAGAUACCCAAGUUUCACUAUGGAUCUCAUUAUUCUAGUGCUGGAAUUGUCCUAUUCUAUCUUAUUCGCCUGCCCCCAUUCAGUGUAGAGAAUCAAAAGCUUCAGGGGGGGCAGUUUGACCAUGCUGAUCGUCUUUUCAAUAGUGUAAGGGAUACUUGGUUAAGUGCUGCUGGAAAGGGAAACACAUCUGAUGUGAAGGAAUUGAUUCCAGAAUUUUUCUACAUGCCAGAGUUUUUGGAGAACCGGUUCAAUCUCGAUUUAGGAGAAAAACAAUCUGGCGAGAAGGUUGGGGACAUUAUCUUGCCUCCAUGGGCCAAAGGCAGUGCUAGAGAGUUCAUUGUGAAGCAUCGGGAAGCUCUUGAAUCUGAUUACGUCUCAGAAAAUUUGCAUGCUGCGGAGGCAUCUGUGAAUGUGUUUUAUUAUUAUACGUAUGAAGGAAGUGUGGACAUCGACUCUGUAAAAGAUCCUGCAUUGAAAGCUUCAAUUUUAGCGCAAAUUAAUCACUUCGGGCAGACACCAAAGCAACUAUUUAUCAAGCCCCAUGUUAAAAGGCGAACUGACAGAAAGCUUCCUCCUCAUCCCCUUAAACAUUCCACUUAUCUUGUUUCACAGGAGAUACGCAAAAGUUCAUCUCCUAUCACUCAAAUUGUUAUUCAAAAUGAUAAAGUUAUGGUAGCAAGAACUAAUAGUUUGCUUAAACCAAUGACAUAUACGACAUAUAUUGCUUGGGGUUUCCCUGAUCGUAGCUUGAGAUUCAUGAGCUAUGAUCAAGACAGGCUUCUUUCGACACACGAAAAUUUACAUGGGGGUAAUCAGAUUCAGUGUGCAGCUGUAAGCCAUGAUGGCAAGAUUCUUGUUACCGGGGCAGAUGAUGGCCUGCUUAACGUUUGGAGAAUGAGUGCCUUUGGGCCACGUGCCCUGCGGCACUUGAUAUUGGAGAGGCCACUUUUUGCUCACACAGCCAGAAUCACAUGCAUUCAAGUUAGCCAGCCUUUCAUGCUUAUUGCGAGUGGAUCGGAUGACUGCACUGUUAUUAUAUGGGAUCUCAGCUCUCUGUCCUUUGUUCGGCAGCUCCCAGAAUUCCCUGCAGCAGUUUCUGCAAUUUUUCUCAAUGACUUGACAGGAGAAAUUGUUACUGCUGCUGGUGUUCUUCUAGCAGUAUGGAGCAUCAACGGGGAUUGUCUGGCAAUGAUUAACGCGUCGCAACUGCCAUCUGAUUCUAUUCUCUCUGUGAAUUGCAGUAUGUUCUCUGAUUGGUUGGACAAGGGGUGGUACGCAACAGGCCAUCAGAGUGGAGCUGUCAAGGUGUGGCAAAUGAUUCACCGCUCUGUCCCUUAUAACCCUGAUAAAUCUUCUGAUGAUGAUGGGAUUGGAUUGUCCAUUUUAGGUGCAGAACCAGAAUACAGGUUGGUCUUACGCAAAGUUCUUAAGUCUCAUAACCAUCCUGUUACUUCCCUUCUCCUCUCUGGUGACCUGAAACAGUUGUUGAGUGGGGAUUCUGGCGGGCAUUUACUUUCCUGGGCGUUGUCCAAUGAGAGUAUGCGAGGUUUGUUGAAUCAGGGGUGAAACUGGUUAUAAACUUGCCAACUCUGGUUUUAAGCCAGCUAUUAUUGUUGAAUGAUAACCUUGGGUUUAGCGUCUCUUGAUUGCAAAACAAAAAUGCUAAAUUGGGAUUGUAGUUUGAUGAACAUGGUUUACAAAGAGAAGAAACGAUCCCAAGGACUGAAUCUGCAUGCAUGAGGUUGUGGUGAAGCACGUGUCUAGAAAAAAUUGCAGGAUGCUUUGUGAAGAAGGGAAAAGAGAAUAUUGAAUCAACAUGUAGAUAUUGGAACAUCGCAGGGGAUGAGUUGAUUGUUAGAGAAGUAUGUUGUAUUUAUAUUUCCAAUAGUAAAGAUGAUACUUGUGAUAUUUCAUGCAGCUGUUUGUAAUUUAUUCAUGAAAUAUCAUGGUCAUUGACUAUCAUCUUUACUCUUGGGUAACGAUGAACUUCGAUGUAAAUAUGAGGCAAGCCUUAAAGCAUGUUGACUAAUUUGUAUAGUGAAAGAUAUGCUCUGAAAUAGAAUGAGGUCUACAGGGAGAAAUUGAAAUAU